AUGGCAGAAGUCAGCACCACGCUCAUGACCACCCGGCACAGUUUCCAGAUCCAGAGUUACACAGUGGAAAAUAUAUCUAAUUUUGCAAUUGUAGCAAGCAGCCUACCAGAAGUACAAGUGAAGAACGCCGAGGGAGGUGGAGUUCUUUACAUGGUAGAUGCUUCCCCAUACCUCUACAUGGUGUGCAGAGGAGACACAAAUGCAGGAAACACAGAUGAGACAUGCCCUUCGUUCACCAAGCUGAGUUUCCACAGUGCUGUGGUUGGCACAGGACUAAAUGUGAAGUUAAUGCUCUACACAAAGAAAAACCUGAGCUGCGCACAAGUCAUCAAUUCCACAGCUUUUGGGAACUUGAAUGUGACCAAGAAAACUACCUUCAUUGUCCAUGGAUUCAGGCCAACAGGCUCUCCUCCAGUCUGGAUGGAGGACUUGGUACAGGGUUUGCUCCUUGUAGAAGACAUGAACGUGGUUGUUGUUGAUUGGAAUCGAGGAGCUACAACUGUAAUAUACACACACGCCUCUAGUAGAACCAGAAAAGUAGCUCUCAUCUUGAAGGAAUUUAUCGACAAGAUGUUGGUGGAAGGAGGUUCUCUUGACGACAUUUAUAUGAUUGGAGUAAGUCUGGGAGCCCACAUAUCUGGAUUUGUUGGAGAAAUGUAUGACGGGCAGCUGGGGAGAAUUACAGGUCUGGACCCUGCAGGCCCUUUAUUCAAUGGGAGACCUCCUCAGGACAGAUUAGACCCCAGCGAUGCGAAGUUCGUGGACGUCAUCCACUCUGACAUUGAUGCCCUGGGCUAUAAGGAGCCAUUAGGAAACAUAGAUUUCUACCCAAAUGGAGGAUUGGAUCAACCUGGCUGUCCCAAAACGAUAUUUGGAGGCGUUCAGUAUUUCAAGUGUGACCACCAGAGGUCCGUGUACCUGUACCUUGCCUCACUGAAAAAGAGCUGUGCCAUCACCGCCUACCCUUGUGACUCCUACAGGAAUUACAGGAACGGCAAGUGCGUCAGCUGUGGCACACCACAAAAGGUGUCCUGUCCCCUGCUGGGCUAUUAUGCUGAUGACUGGAAAGACUACUUGAGGGAGAAAGAUCCUCCGAUGACUAUGGCCUUCUUUGACACCGCUGAGAAGGAGCCGUUCUGCAUUUAUCAUUAUUUUGUGGACAUUUUAUCCUGGAACAAGAACAUAAGAAGGGGGUCCAUUACAAUCAAACUGACAGACCAAGAUGGAAACACCACAGAGUCCAAAAUCAACCAUGAACCAGCUACAUUUCAGAAAUAUCAGCAAGUGAGUCUGCUGGCAAGAUUUAAUCAAGAUCUGGAUAAAGUGGCAGCCGUGUCCUUGGUGUUUUCUACAGGGUCUGUGAUAGGCCCGAAGUACAAGCUCAGGAUCCUCCGGAUGAAACUCAGGUCCCUUGUCCAUCCAGAGAGGGCCCAGUUGUGUCGGUAUGAUCUUGUCCUGAUGGAAAAUGUUGAGACAGUCUUCCAACCUAUUUUGUGCCCAAAGCUGCAGAUGUAG